AUGGUUUUUCUUGAGGCAGAGAUGUCAUGGAAUGUGUUGAUCUCACCUAGCCAGCUGGACCGCAAGGGCCUCCUGCUCCGCAAGGCUAUCAUUGUGCGUCUUCUGGAGGAUGUCACAAACAGGAGGGCCUCCAAAGAGCAUGGCUACUACGUUGCCGUUAGUCAGCUGAAGGCAAUAUCUGAAGGGAAAGUGCGUGAGCUAACUGGAGAUGUUCUAUUCCCAGUUUCAUUUACCUGCAUCACGCAGAAGCCUAUGAAGGGUGAGGUCAUGGUUGGCCACGUGGACAGGAUCCUCAAGCAUGGUGUGUUCCUGAAAUCUGGACCUGUGGAGAGCAUCUUCCUGGCUGAGAAGUCGAUGAGCGACUACAAGUACAUAGGUGGGGAGAAUGCGAUGUUCAUGAAUGACCACUCGAAGCUGGAGAAGGACACUGCUGUGCGCUUCAAGGUCCUGGGGUUCCGCUGGAUGGAGGCUGACCGCCAGUUCCAGCUCCUUGCUACGAUCGCUGGUGACUUCCUCGGGCCACUGUGA